AUGGCCCGGGUCGCCCCGGGCAGCGGCGCCGGCCCACUGCCCCUACUCCCGGCCCUCGCCCUGGGUCUAGUGAUCCUCCACUGUGUUCUGGCAGAUGGGAAUUCAACCAGAAGUCCUGAAAAUGAUGGCCUUCUCUGUGGAGAUCAUGCAGAAAACUGCCCAGUUACCACCACCCAACCAAAGAGAAGAGGCCACUUCUCUCGGUGCCCCAAACAAUACAAGCAUUACUGCAUUAAAGGGAGAUGUCGCUUCGUGCUGGCCGAGCAGACGCCCUCCUGCGUCUGUGAUAAAGGCUAUGCUGGGGCCAGAUGUGAGAGAAUUGACUUGUUUUACCUAAGAGGAGACAGAGGGCAGAUUUUGGUGAUUUGUUUGAUAGCAGUUAUGGUAAUUUUUAUCAUUUUGGUGGUCAGUAUCUGCACAUGCUGUCAUCCUCUUCGGAAACGUCGGAAAAGAAGAAAGAAGGAAGAAGAAAUGGGAACUCUGGGUAAAGAUAUAACUCCUAUAAAUGAUGAUAUUCAAGAGACUAGUAUUGCUUAAUGUCUCUGAAGAUUACUCCAGGCUGAUGACAAGUUACAAAGUAUCUUCUUACUCAUUUGAAAAUGGACAGAGUGUGUCUCAGGAAACAGCUAGCAAAAUGAAUUUUAAAUAAUGUAUUUACUUUUUGUCGGUAAUGUUAAUUUGUGUUGUUUACUAUGUUUUUAUAAUAAUAAUGAGUAAUUUUAUUAUUAUAUAGUAUUUGGGAAAAGCACCCAGUUAAGCAGGGACAUUUUAAUAAACUUCCAGUUAAGUUUUGUCACCAAAAUUACUAGCCAAACAAAAAAGAGCAGGAAGGAGUUUAGAUCUUAGGAAUUGCAUUAAUAAUAAAAUUACCAUUUAUCCAACACUUACUAUGUGCUAAGAGUUUGAAAUACAUUAUUUCCUUUAAUUCUUUCAAAAACCUAUGAUCCUCAUUUCUCAUGUACAGAAACAGACCUUAAGAAGCUAAAGGACAUUCCCUGAUGGCUUAGACGGUAAAGAGUCUGCCUGCAAUGCAGGAGACCGGGAUUUGAUCCCUGGGUCUUG